UCUAUUCCUUAGGUGAUGCUAUUUUGAAUGUUUUUUUGGCAUAUCUGAUAGCUUUACUGUGCAGGUAGAGAGAACACGGUUGAGACCAAUUGCCGUGGGAUUUUGACACCAUUUCAAGGGAUUUGUUUUAUUGGGUUUCAAUUGCUUUUGGGUCUUGGGAUCCUUCUGCAAUUAAACAAUUUUAGCCGUGUUUUAGGAGCUUCUUCUUUGCUACUGGUUUUCUCCUAUCCCCUCAUGAAGAGGCUGACAUUUUCGCCUCAAGCUUAUCUAGGUCUAACUUUUAAUUGGGGAGCAUUAUUCGGUUGGGCUGCUAUUAAAGGCAAUCUUGACCCUGCUGUUGUGCUGCCUCUUUAUCUAUCUGGUGUGUCUUGGACACUUGUUUAUGACACUAUAUAUGCUCAUCAGACUUGUUUCUUAUUACAUUUAGCUAAUACCCAUGCACUAGUGGCACUGGAACACAACUGGCUCCAGCCAGUUGUUUAUACCCACACGUACUACUAAAUGGUGAAGCCAGAAGAAGUCCAAAAAAAUCAACUCAGGCAAGAAUUGAACUUAUUAGCCAAAA